GAUUGUUGUGGCUUCUCCGCCUCUUCGACUUCCUCCUCCUCUUCCUCGUCCUCCCCCCUGAGGAAACCCGGAAGGAGCGUCUGCGCUCGAGAUUGUGGUGGAUACCUCCUCGACAUUUCGUUGAUAGUAUUCCUCUGUGUUCUUGAAAAUUUUGGAGAUAUUUUUGGUCAUUUUUCCGUGCCGUUAGUAUGCCUUAUCGUAUCAACACAUGGGACGUUGGUACAGAGCAGCUACUAUACAAUACUGCCAGUCCAUCGGUACAUUGGAGAAGCAACAAACAUGGACUUGUAUCUUUGGUCACAUUUUACUGAAUCUGGGAAGAAAUUUUUGACAUGUGAAGUAUGCCUUUCAGCAAGCCCCAGAACCUGUACAGAUAUUGUAGACAAAGAAAGCAGAUUAAUUGGUUCCAGCAUCCUAGAAUUGUCUAUCUGCUCCAAUAUAUUAAUUAUUAAGUAGUGAUAUGUGCAUGAGUUUUGUGCAUAAAAUGGACGGUUAUGUAUACAAAUGAAGGAAGCUGCAGAAGAAUGGUGUCACACUUCUGUCAAAAGAAAAUGUAACAAAAAGUACUGAAGAAGGUGUUUUUUGCCAUUCUAGUACAAGCUGCAAGAAUAUCCUUGUCAUUGCAGAAAGAUGAUCCUCACAGAAAUAAUAUGAACUUCACAGGUUUUGAUAGAGAUGUUGGCAAUGAAAAUAUAUUCUGUGAAAUUCAUAAUCUGCAGGGUCACAGGACUCCCUCCAUCCUACAGAUGGAUGUUACUGCAGAAGUAUUACCCAAUCCAGAUUCUAUUCCCAAUAAUAUAGCUAUUGGAGAAAACAAAGUACAUGCUGAAUCUUCUGUCAGAUAUUUUAAAAAAUAUGAAUCAGAUUACAACUCUGGCAUAAAUGACAGACUUUCAACAUCAAAAUCUAAUAAUAAUGACAGUUCAUAUACCAUAAAGAAUGAAGUGGACAAUGGCGAAAAGUUUUCAUUGGAUAAUGUCAUUGCAGACCAUUGGGUUUCCAUUCAGUAAAAGAGUUGUGUGUUUCUUUUCUUAAAAGUCAUUGUCUACUUUGGGGAGCAUGUGCUAGUGGUUCAUGUGCUUCUCUUGAGGUUCUAGAUGACCACAAUACCAAGUCUUAUCAGUGAUGCAAGUUAUGUGAUCGGUUGGGUAAACCAUCAAAGAUGCUAAUUUGUGACAUCUGUGAAGAAGGAUUUCAUGCGUCUUGUUGCAGACCUAAAAAAAGAAAAUUACCAGUAUAUGAGUGGUAUUGUCAACCUUGUUCUACAAAGAAACCAAAACCCCUUAUUGAUCAGAAAUCUGGAAGAUCAUGUAAUUCAGUGGAUGGUUUGCCUGGGAAGAAGAUAAUAGCAUCAUGGGGAGUUUUGGAUUCUAUAGGAUAUAUGUUGCAAGAAAAUCAGCCAUAUGCAACUGGGGUCCGAAUUGGUAAAGAUUUUCAGGCAGAAGUUCAGAGUGGUCUGGUCUAAUAUAUGGGUCUCAUGUUCGAGUCUACAUGUGAGCAUCUUGUAUACUGAGCUGACAGCAGGUCUCCUGAGUAGCUGUUUGUACAAUGAACAGAUGAAGAUUCCUCCCAGCAGCUGCAGCUUCAGAGAUUUCCUUCAGGUACAUGACCGAGUUCAAGAUUCCUGCGCUGAUGGAUGGCUAGCAACUCUUUGCAAUCAUCUUUUUGAGUAUGUCGAGCACAGUGGCCUCUACACUAGUGAUGGUGCAAUAAUGCCACGAGCAAACACGUGAAGUGCUCUCAGAAUGGGAUAAAGGAGACAAACCUCCGUGGGUCCGCUCCGUCACAUGCGCUGCAAAGAAAGCCACGCUCCCCUGUGCUUCGUACAUAUCAUCACCCCCAUUCAUUGACUCACUCCACCACCACUUGCUUGGCCAAAACCUGCUCACCGCCACCAUCGCCAACCCUACGUCCCACAGGAACAAGUCCUGGUUGAAUUACUUCACAUUAAAUUUCUACCCGUUGCCUGGCUCAGAGCUUCAUGUGACAUGAUUCUCCCGGGUAUGGCUUCUUGUUUACUUUCCUAUUUAAGCCAGGAUGCUCCGAGUUAAAAAUAUUAUUAUAUGUCGGGAAAAAGAAUGCCAUUUUGCAUAACAACAAAAGAUAGUUUUAGUAUAACUGAAAGCUUUUUCUUUUUCUUUUUCUUUUUCCCUUGAGGGAGAUCAAGACAUGAGACUUUGAGGGAAAAAAAAUAUAGUAAUACUUACCCAGUUUAUAAUAUCCAUAAGAAAUAUAUAA